AUGCACCUUACUAUUAGACUUUUAUGCUAUACAGUCAUUAUCCAUUGCAUAUUGACUGUUGAAGCUGAAUAUAAAUCUCAUCUGAGCUGUUAUCAUACGAAGGUUUGUCAACAAUCCUCUUCAAGAGAUGGAAUCAGUAAUUUAAGUCCGAAGUACUUACAAGCUGGUGUAGAAGUGCGUGGCAGUAACGUAGACAAAAUGACGAGCGGUUCAGGAGUCAAUGGGUUCUAUCGACCCCGAAGUGCUCUUGCCCGGGCUAUGUAUGAGAAACAGCACAAUGAUAGAUAUCUUCAGGAACUUGACCAGAAUGAGUGGUACCGUGUGAACAAGGAUCGACUGUGUCCCGAGCUGAUCAAGAAGUUCGUACAAUUGUACCCUGAUGAAGAAACCAAGGAGUUUCUGUCGGCCUCCAUAGAUAAGUCCUCGUGGGUGUGGACGCAGAUCUGGUACCUGCUUGCCAAAGCUGUACUAAGACACUUCUGGUCCGUCACUGAUAUUAAUGGAUGGUUGGGUCGUGGUUCUAUGUUCGUACUCUCCGAGGCGCAGGCGCGUGCGCUGCUCCGCACUACAGGGCACGGCAUCGGCGCGGGCGCAUUAGUCGAUGUCGGCGCGGGAGAUGGUGAGGUCAGCCGUCGUUUCGCACACAUCUACCCGCACAACUACGCCACUGAAAUAUCGGCCAGCAUGAGGAAAACAUUAGCCGAGAAGGGAUACAAACUGCUGGACACAGAGAAAUGGCACCACUACCGCCAAUUCGAUUGUAUUUGCAUGCUGAACCUCUUGGACCGCUGCAGCAAGCCAAAGACCAUGCUGAAGCAAGCUAGAGAUGCGCUGGCUCCCGGUGGAGUACUCAUGUUGGCACUGGUCUUGCCUUACAAACCUUACGUGGAAGUGACUUCGGAUCAUAAACCAGAAGAACGUCUGCCGAUUGAAGGAGCUUACUUCGAAGACCAGCUGGCUGCUUUCGUGAAGUUCAUGCGCGAGGAGGCUGGCUUCGAGCUGGUCUCGUGGACACGAGCCCCUUAUCUAUGUGAAGGGGACUUUGCACAAGCUUACUAUUGGCUCGACGACUCCGUGUACGUGUUCAAACCUACCGCAGUAGACCCCACUACUUAA